AUGGGUUCAGUAGUUCAUGUCCUUCUCCUCAUCCUCCUAGCUCUCCGCGCUCUCUCUACUGCCGCCGGACUCGGCGGCAGUCGGCCUACUUCCAACCCUCCCCCUCCUCCGCCGUGGCGCCACCACGUUUUCAUCAGCCACCGGGGACCCGACGGCCGCCGCAACUUCACCGACCACCUCGACUCCGCCCUCCGCCGCGGCAAACGCGUCCGGGUGUUCCGCGACGACGUGGACCUCCGUCGAGGCGAGAACAUCACGGAGGCCAUCUCACGCGCCAUCGAGGAGUCCAUGCUGUCCGUCGUCGUGCUGUCCAGAGGUUACGCCUCGUCGGAGUACUGCCUCGACGAGCUGGUCAAGAUCAUGAAGUGCAGGAAUUCGGAGAAAGGGCACCAGCCUUUCCCCGUUUUCUACAAAGUCUCCCCCGACGAUGACGUGGCCGAUCCGGCGUCCUCUGGGAUCUACAAGGCCGACUUUGAUAGGCACAAGAGGAUGUACAGCUACGAGAGGGUGAAUGGCUGGAUCCACGCUCUCCGCUCCAUUUCCCAUAUCUCCGGCUGGGUCAUCGACGAUCACACGUAA